UGGAUAAUAUCGCGGACUACAAUCCGAAAAUCAGGGUUAAAGCUGCUAAGCCUUGUGCUCUAGUCUUUGCUGACUCUUCUGAGGUUGAAAUUACUCGGUACUUCAAAGAUUAUCCAAUGGAAUUGACUUUAGCGUCAGAGGCUUCUAAUCUAUUCGACUCUUCUUCAAGUGCCAUUCAUUGCGCCGCAAUCGCUUUAGGUUCUAACGUCGGUGAUAGUAUUCAGAAUAUCGAAGUCGCCUUGCGGCUUUUGGAAAAUCCUUUGUUAGUUGUGGGGGACCGGUCUACUAUCUCGCAAAAUGCAUUUGUUUAUAUUGUCAACACGAGCUUUCUCUAUGAAAGUGCCCCGAUGUACGUUACAGACCAACCAUCUUUCAUUAAUUGCGCCUGCAUGAUAGAAACCAACAUACCGCCUGUUAAUCUGCUGCAGCUCGUCAAGAAAAUCGAGGAGAUUGUGGGUAGAAAGCCGUCAUUCCGGAAUGGACCUCGCGUCAUCGACUUAGACAUCGUGCUAUAUGACGAGCUCAACUUUGACACGAGAGCUCUAGAGGAACAACACACACUCGACAACUUGAACGGUCAUUUAGUCAUUCCUCAUCCGAGAAUGUCAGAAAGGGUGUUCGUAUUGAGGCCACUAUAUGACAUGAUACCAGAAUACGUUCACCCAUCUCUCCACAAGACCAUUUCUACUCUAUUGAACGAACUUACUCUCAUUUCUGAUGACCCUCCCAUGGACAAGGUCAUUGCGUUCCCUCAGUAUCCCCUUCCUCCAAAUAAUACUUCUCCACUCCCGGGUGUAGAUCCAGUUCCUUCGAUCCUUACGUACUGGAAAUAUAGAGCCUCAAGGUCGAUAAGGACAGUGCCAGCAACAACCCAGGGCAGAACUCGAUUGAUGGCGACGUUGAAUGUUACUCCCGAUUCCUUUUCCGAUGGGUCAACCCAUAAUACCCUUCCGACAGCGCUAGCGUAUGUUCACGAAGCAGUUCGGGUGUCAGUGGACAUACUGGAUAUUGGAGGAUACUCUACCAGGCCUGGUGCCGCUUUUGUCAGUGUCAAGGAGGAAAUCGAUCGUGUUGUACCUUUCAUUCAAGCAAUACGGUCUGCAGACCCUGCCACGACCGAAGACGAUGGUGAAGAAAACUGCAUGGUCAGGGAUAUGCCUAUCAGCAUCGAUACCUUCCGAUGGGAGGUUGCUGAGAAUGCGAUCCUGGCCGGAGCAAAUUGCAUUAACGAUGUGUACGCUUUCACAGGUCCGCAAAAUUAUCCAUACCCUGCGUCUGGCGCGGCUAAAGAACAAACGACUGAAUACAUGCGGCAAAUGAAAGACGUUGCUCGAAAGUUCGCUGUUCCUGUCGUCCUGAUGCAUUCGAGGGGGGACGCUGGGAUGAACAAGGAUUAUUCUGUGUAUGAUUACAGCGAUGAUGGGCGUGUACUAGAGGGCGUGCGUGUAGAGCUUGGGGUGAAGGUCGACGAAAUAGUCAAAGGUAGAGGGUGUAUCAGAAGGUGGAAUGUCAUUAUCGAUCCUGGAAUUGGUUUCAGCAAGACAGUCGAGGGUAACUUGGAGCUUUUACGCCAAGGCGCUGCCGUGACUGCCGAUAUACUUAUUGGAUCAGGGUCCAAUGAGAAGAAAAGGAAUCCACUCGCGGGUUUUCCCCAACUUGUCGGAACUUCAAAGAAGUCUUUUCUUGGGAUGAUUCUGUCUGACAAGCGAGGAAAAUCGACGGAGGCGAAGGACAGAAUUUGGGCCACUGCCGGCGCGGUUGCCUGCGCUGUGCAGCAGGGAGCGUUGGUAGUCAGAGUGCAUGAUACCCAUGAAAUGUCAGAUGUAGUCGCCAUUGCAGAUGCCCUUUGGCGGUAAUAUUGAGGAAUGAAUAGCUACCUCUCAAUACUUAGUAGCAGGAGUCUAAUUCCCGCAUACCUGCUUGAAGGAUCUUAUCGAGCGAACUAUUGAAUUUUGUCUGCUUCCGCUCUUCUAGUCAUUAUAUCUUAGUCACCCUGAUUCUUAAUAGCCUCGAGUUCUUUCACCAUUGUCCAGCAUUGUCCUCAAAUCUGUGUUUGUUUGACUUUCUCUAGGGUCUUAUACUG